UUUCUCCGUUAUCAGUGAUCUUGGCAGAGGCCAUUUCACAGUCGAGCCCGCAAUUCCCGUCUUCACUUGUGUGAAAACGUAACGGAUCGUUAUUAUUACGCAAGAAACGACGACGUAUGUUAUCGUUUAUCGGCCGUAUUUUGGGAGAGAAGCUGUCAGACCCGGUUGGAUAUCACCCGAUGCUUGAAUUAUUCGACAGUGGCAUUCCGGAGAAAGUGUCCGCUAAAAUGAUGCCUAUCGGAUGCGGCUCACGUUUCGAAGCGACUGCUUCCGUAGUAUAUAGCUCCCCACAGGUUUCCUUGGCACCGUAAUACCGCUGUGAUUUUCGUCGGCGAUAAUACUGCGCUUCUGCUUAUCACGCUGCGAGAUUACUCGUGCGAUUUUCCACGAUGUUGGUGAGUGAACGACGGAUUGUGACGCGGUGCUUUUAAAUUUAAACCCAGACAAUAUAGAUAAAAUGUAUUAUGUCCCGAUUUUAAACUUUAUGUCGUCCGGGAAUAUUAACUUUUACGUCUUAUAAUUCUUACAUUUCUUUGAUACUUCCAUAAUAAUGGCACGGAUAUCUUAUCAAAUAUCACAAAUAUUUUAUCGAUUUUUUCGAUAGCGCUGUUAUGAUUAGGCUGAUUGUGAUAUUGGAAUAAAUAUAGGCGCGAUCUUUUGUCAGCGGAAUAAUUGAUAAUCGGAAUUAAAUGUAAUGAUGUGUAUCACAUGAAUGAUUAUUUUACACGAUAUCAUAAUUCGCUAUUAUAUUCACUGUUCAGCGGAAAUAUUUAAGUUGCCUCCGCUGAUUGUCACAUGUCACAAUUUGCAGAAACACGCGAUCGUCCUCGGUGCGUUGUGCUCCGUCAUCGUGGCGGAACCACCGGUUCAAACGGUCCAAAAGCCAGCAAACGUACUAAGCAAUCCGGAACCACAUACUUCCUACAGUUUUAUCAGACCGGGUUUAACGCAAACGUCGUUUGCUUUCGGCGGACCGAGUUCUCAUCAGUCAUUUUCCUCCAGCAUCGGCAACCCACAAUUAGCGCAAAGGGUUCUACCGAGUUUGGCGCAGAUCCUUGCUUAUAGAAAUCCCAGCUUAGGAUACUAUCCGGUCGCUUCUGCCGCAAAUGGCUAUGGAGUCGGUCAGGCGUUUGCAACGACACCGACAAAUGGGCCGUUAACUUAUCAGGCCACUGUGGAUCCCGCGACCGCGUUGGCUUACGCGCAACAAUUGCAGCAACAGCAAGCUUAUUUGCACGGGUAUCAACCGAAUGCUGCUUAUCAGCCGCAAUUAACGCAACUGCUCGCGCUCAGACAAGCACAAGCCCAACAAGAGCAGCUGCAGACAAUUGACUCGCAGCAGGUACCACAGCAGGAUAAUCAGUUGCAGCAGCAGGAACUCGAACGGCCGUCGCAGAAUUUGCUGGGUGUUGCUUAUUCAUCUGCGCCGUCGGUAGCGCAUGUAAAGGUCUCUGGGAAUGGCUACAAGUUCGAUUUUUAAUUCUAAAUAUAUAAUUCUAAAUAUCCUAUAUGUUAUUGUAGUGUAUAUAAUUCUUGCUGUUACAUAUAUAUUAGAAAAGAUAAUUUUUAUUUAUGUAAUUUUUAUAUAAAAUAUGUACAAUACA